AUGCCGAGGAAUUCAAGGAGUGUAGCAGAGGAUAACGCAUUUGUUUCGGCUUACAUCAACGCCGGGGGAAAUGUUACAAAAAAUACAAAAAGGACUAAGGCUGGAUUUUGGAAUGCAGCUUGUAAAUUGUACGAACAAGCACGACUUGCAAAUCCUGAUGAGCUCCAGAAGAGGAGGAAUACUAAGUCCUUACAACAACGUUGGGAUCACAUUAAUUCGAAUGUGAACAAGUGGGUAGAGGUAUACAGUUACGAGAUACGACAUCUGAAGAGUGGACAAUCAGAUGCAGAUGUUGAAAAACGUGCACACAAUGCUUUUGCAAUGACAAAGCUGAAAGCGGAGGAAGUGCAAAACGAUCUGAACCAGAAUCACCAACUGUUGAAGGUAAAAAAACCACAAACUCGACCAGAUGGCAUAAAAAAGACGAAGAGACUAGCAAUGGAAUCUGGUUCUUCGUCUUCAUCUAUAAACCUUGAUUCGUUCAAUACAACUCUUGAAUAA